GCAGAGCGGGCAGGUAAAUCACGAGGUGUAGUUCUAGUGUAAGGGCUCUGGAUCAAAGUUUCAUUUGAUCAGCAGGGAGAUCAUUUAUUAGUAUUAUUACUCAUUUGUGCUGUUGCAAGAAUCUACCUCUUUAGUGAUGGCGAGACGAAAUGGGAGAAUGAAGAACCAGCUGCCAGACCUUUACUAUGAGGGUUACAUGGAGAAGAGGUCCUUCAAAGAUAAGACAUCUCGGAAGCUGUGGACCUGCUUGUGUGGGAAAACACUUUUUUUCUUCAAUGACAAAAGAGACGAAGAUUACGUAGAGAAGCUGGAUCUGUGUGGACUGGUCUCGGUGACGGACGACAGCAGCCCAGAUCCCAACUUGGACGCGGCCAGAUUCAACGUUCAGAUGACGAAGGGAAACAUCAAAUUUACUGCCUCAAAUGCAGAAUCUCGGGAACUUUGGAAGGGAUAUAUCCACUCUGUGGCUAAGAUGGAGGUACCCCUCACCCUGAACCUGCUGCCGGGUCAGGUCCACAUCCUGAGAGAGACGGUCCAAAAGGAGAAGGAGAGGCUGACAAAUCCAGAACCGAACCAGAGUCCUCCUGCUGCUGUCAAACUAGAAAUGCCUGCUUGCUACUACGAGGUGCCUUAUCUGGAGGCCGAGCUGCUGCUGGAGAGAGAAGCCAGCAAAGGAAACCUGCUGCUAAGACCUGGGAAGCAGAAGGGCUCCUUCGCCAUAACCACCAGACAGGAUCUUGAGGGACCGAUGUUCCGUCACUAUCGCGUACUUCCAAAACCAGAGGGAGGCUUCUACAUUGCUGUGGACAAACCUGUCCACUUUGACUCGCUGCAUGACGUGGUCGCCUACAUGGUGGAAAAAACCGAUGGAUCUUUGAUUCCCCUCAACAUCGAGGCUCAUUACGACAAGAACAUCUCUUUUAUUGCAUCUGAUAAUGAAAACGGUGAGAGGACCCAGCGGGCUUUGCUGCCACCAGAGCAUCCCAUCCGAGUUACUGGAAAAGUGAGGAAUGAUGAACCAGAACCAGUCGAAAAUCCUCCUGCUACUGAUAAGAAGGAGGAGAAAGCGUCUGUGACGGAUGGCUGCUCCUCUGGUGAAACUCGACCGGUACCGGAACCGAGGAAACUACCUCCAUGUCCAGCUCCACGAACAUUUGCCCCAACUCAACCGGCUGCCAAACCCGCUUUCCCUACAAAUGCUCCUGAGAAGCCCACGACAGUCUCAAAUCCAGAAAUGGAGAAGCAGAUUCUUCCCGCAGCUUUGUCGGAGCUGAAACUGAGGCUGGGGCAGAAGUCCAAGUUGCGUGUUUAACUUCUUCUACAAUCAUCCUUGUGGACAGAAACACAUUGGAGCAACAAGCAGAGCUGAAUGGAGGCACAUGCAGAUCUGUUCCUGCACGAUAUCAAACAGGAGUCCCACUCCUCUUCCUCUUCCUCUUCCUUGGUUAGCUGUCUGCAGUAAAGCCUCUCUGCAGAUCAACACCGGAUUGAUUUGCCUCCUCUGGACAUUUAUUAGCAAAUCAAUCGACUGUGAAGAUGGCUGGACAAAUUAUCUACUCGUUUCUCUUGUUCAUUUUGCACUUUAGCUAUUGACUAAGCCGCCUCAGACUUUCCGUUAAGUGUUUCUUUCCCUCUUACUCUUGGAAUAAAAUGAUAAUCAAUUUAUUUUACAUACUUUUACCCAGUACAAGUAGGAAAACACUGUGUGGGUACAAUAUGCACACAGUAUUGUAUUAAUACUUAAUACAAAAUCUGUGUGCAAAACAGAAAAUGUGACAGAAAUAAGGGAUGGGAUUCACUUAUUUUAGUGUUUUUCUCUGUGAAUGUGAAGAGCAAAACUCUUUGUCUCAUCAGCUUUGAUAUGACAAACUUCUAGUAUGUGCCAUGCAACAUGUAUAAUUUAUAUAUAGUGGAUUAAUCACUUGUAUAGUUUGUAAUCCAUUUUCACAUUUACAUUAUUUUUUGUUACAGCUUCAACUUUUCUGUUGUCUGAAAAAAUAAAAAUGUCCAAAGACAAAGCGUUCUCACUCAUUUAUUACCUCAAUUACUGAUACACUAUAGUGGAAAAAUGAAACUAUUUACAAUAAAUUGUGACAUGUUGCCAGCAUGUGAAAUAAAGUGUAAUUGCCUCUCAGCUGGAUGAGUCGUGCUGUAAAGCAAAGCAGGCUACAUUUACUCAGGAAGAGAUGAACUAGAACACCAACCAUUCGAAACGCACAACAUGGAUGUCGCAGUAUAGAGUUGAAGACGUGUCCGUCCCGUGGUUCUGAAUCACGUUUUGAUUGGUUACCUCUGCGUGAAAAGCCUUCAAAUGAAGUCACUCUCUUAUUUUAGGAGCUUAUUUUUACAUUGAAAAGUCAAAACUUUCCUUUUUAGUACAUUCAAAACGAAAGUUGAAUUAAUCUAAUCCUAAUUUUUCAGGAUUUCAGGAAUCGAAGCAUUUCACAAUUUUUAGAUAUUUUAAUUGACAGGAUUAUUCCAUUUCUCUUUGCCACUCUUCAACACGUCACUUAGGUAAACCGGAUGUAAGCAGCUAAUCCAGGUAAUCCGUGCCUGUAUCUACGGUCGCAGCGAUUGAUCAUUUUAAAGCAACUGGUACUGUAACUUGUAGUCACCAAGUUUCCACUGUAAGAAGCUAUCUACAUACCUACCAGGUGAGUCUUGCCCGAAAACCAUCACAAACAUGUGAGGUUAACGUUUUCUGGGUGCUUUUGGUCAAAUGAGAAUAAGAUUGAGGCUUUCCAGAAACCAAAACUGGAACAGCAUCUUAUGGCUUUGUUUAGGCCUCUUUCUCUUGUAUUGAUUGCAUCAUGAAGUCUUUGAAACAUCAAGAUAUUUUCAAGAAAAAUCUGUCGGCCGCAGCCAGAGAAGUUGACUCUCAUUGGGACUUUGGUUGAUCUUUCAAACUCUGUGCCCCUCUGUAGGGGAUAUGUUUGCAUCAAAAGCCUGAAUUAAACCGAGUUGAAGCCAAAGCACAACCCAGAAGUUGUAGGAACCCAAAUAAUUGAGUUUCAGACCCCUGACCUACAAAACAAUCUCCCUCUAUGUGCUCCAACAUUGGGAAAUGUUGAAGAAGUUUUGUCCUAUUGAGAAUGAAGGUUUAUAUUGUAGCAACAGCUUUUCAGUGUCAGUUUAUUACAAUCCAUUGAGAGGAGAAUUAUUUUAAAGGCUUUUCACACAGAUUUCCCAUGAGUGCCAAUAAGAGAGGAGUUACAGACUAUUGAAUACUGCUGAGCCACACAUAGGACGGUCUCUCUACUGCAAACAAAGCAGAGACAUCAGAUGGACGGACGUGUCAUGGCUUUAAUGCUAGCGUCGGAAAGUUUUAACAGGAAGCUCAAGACCUACAUUGAAUAACAUAUGACUAUCAUUUGUAACUGUAAAUACCGUUGAGUAGGCAAGAAGUCAAAUAUCUCAUCACAAUACAGUUAAAUAAUCCAGUUCAGUGCUGAGCUGCUUAAGUGCUGGACAUUGUUUAUGUUGGACUGGUUUACUGAUGAGUCAACAAAGCUAUAACUUCCUCAUACUGAAGCUGGCGCAGAGCAGGACUUUAAAACAGAACAAGCAGGAACAUAGAGGGGGGCUGCACGUGUUUGGUUUGGCCUGAGAAGGAAGGCACGGGGACGGAGCAUGACUCAUGAAGCUGCAGCCGACGGCACAGCUGACCGUUCAGGUGAAGCUGAGGAAGCAGCGGCCAGCGCUAAAAAUCGCCGCCCUAGCAGCUGGAUGAAUGUGCAGCGAGACAUUAACUACUCAUACUUGGGCCUAAUGAGUCUCAAAGGAGAGCGACCAGCCGGCAGAUUCUGUCACUCAGAUCGCCCGUUUGCUCCCCUCAAAAAAAAAAAAAAAAAAAUCUAAUUUCCGCCUCCAUGCGAGGCAGAAACGGCCGAGAUUAAGUGGUGUAACUGUUCUGCUGAGUGCAUCUCC